AAAUCAACAAACACUCACUAAAACCGCUUCUCACAAACCCCUCUCUCUCUCUCUCUCUCUCUCAAAAGCCCAAAUCUUUCGUAUUUCUCUGCAAAUCUCUGCAAAGCCCAGAAAAAUGGUGGCCAAGGUUUUCAAGAAAACCCCGACGAAGUCCAUCAGGGCUCACAAGAAUCAUCUCCGGCGCGGCCGGAAAAAGUCCCCAAUCAAGAACCCGUCGGCGGCGGCCGCCACCGUCUCCUCCGUCGUGGUAGCUUCCAUCAACAAGUCCUUCUACACCUGCCGCGGCCGCCUCGUCAAGAUCUUCUCCAAGCUCGCCUGCAUUUCCGGAACCCCCAAGAAAACCCCCAGAAAACGCGGCUAUCACAUCCUCGAAAAAGUCUCCGACGCCCCGGGGCCCGAUCUCCGGCGAUCCCUGUUCAAAGACGAGAAAGAGAAAUCCCUUCCCCCGAUACCCUCCCCGGAUAAAAAAACCAUCUUUCUUGAUUUAGACGAAACCCUGGUCCAUUCCCAGCCCAACCCCCCGCCGGAAAACUACGAUUUCGUCGUCCGGCCGGUGAUCGACGGGGAAAUCGUGGAAUUCUUCGUGUUAAAAAGGCCAUUCGUGGAUGAAUUUCUGGAAACCCUAAGCAAGAAAUUCGAGAUUGUGGUGUUCACGGCCGGGAUAAAGGAAUAUGCGUCUCUGGUUUUGGAUAGACUGGACAAAAAGGGUUUGAUUUCACACAGAUUAUACAGAGAUUCUUGCAAGGAAGUGGACGGCAGAUUUGUGAAAGACUUAUCGGAGUUGGGGCGUGAUAUGAAGAGGAUUGUGAUCGUCGACGAUAACCCGAAUUCGUACAUUUUCCAGCCCAGAAAUGCGAUCCCAAUCAGGGCCUUUACAAAUGAUAUGGAGGAUGGGGAGCUGAAGAGGCUAAUGGAGUUCUUUGAUGGGUGUGAUGGGGUUGAAGAUAUGAGAGAUGCAGUGAAGGGUUUUGUAGCAGAAGAGGAAUUCAAGGAUGUGGAAGUAUAGGUUUUUGUUCCAUUAUUGUAUUUUUUUUGUUUUGCAGUUUUCCAGUUUAGAUUUUGCUUGUUUGUUUUCUGCUUCAUCUUUGGAGAUAGUAUUCAAUUGUUAAAUGUUGAAUGGAUUGGUGUUCAAGCUCACAUGGUAAAGGAAA